AUGCUGUCGCUCCUCGCCACCAGUCUCGCCGCGCCCGUCCCCGCCGUGCCCGACGAGAAGUCCCUGGGCGACGGCCACCUGCUCGGCGCCAUGAUGCUCGGCGCCGUCGGCGACAAGGAGGGCGCGAUCGAUAUGCUUCACCACGAGGCGCACGAGCUGAUCGACGAGAUGCACGACAGCAAGCCUGAACGGCAGGAGAACGACCACCACGACUACCAUGACGACCACUACCACGACCACUACCACUCGAACUAUGGCUCGACCCACCAGGAUUCGAACGAGUACUACCACGCUCACGGCGGCCGCAGCCUUGGCGCAGAGGAAGCAGAGAACAAGGAGAGCGACACGGACGCCCGCCCUGUCGAGGCCCCGGCGGAGAAGAGGAGCAACUACCACGUCCACUACCACGCGCCCUCGAGCGGCAGCUACUAUGGCGGCGUGGACUCGUUCGGGCCUCCUGACGCGACCUCCUGCCGCGGCUACGACUGCAGCGUCCAAGGACAGUUCUGCCCGCCCGACGCGCCCGGUGGCACGGACAUCGGCUCGCUCCUGAGCGGCGAUCAGGGCUUCACCUGCUGCUACGGCCAAUGGCGCCAAGGCGGGCGGCAAAGCUGCGACUCGUACGUGUCUGAUCGCAACUCUGGAAACGGGCUGGUCUACGAGGAGAUCACCGAGGAGUGGACCACCGGCGGCGCCGGUUCCUUUGAUCACAGCCAUUACGGGCAGCCGGUCUACGAGGAGUGGUCUGGCAGCUCAUCGUACGGCCACCACCACGACGAUGACGAUGACGACGACUCGUACGACGAGGGGCACCACCACGGCGGCCGUUGGCUCAGUCAGGCUGACGGCGCCGCGAGCGUGAGCAGUGCCGCGCGCGACGGUGAGAAUGCUGACUCCAAGGCCGACUCUGCUGACACCGACUCCGCUGAGCCGUCAGAGAAAGAUAUUAUUUGA